AUGCCCAUCUCCGGAUCGCUCAGUAACGUGGACUGGGAGCCCAAGUUCACCACACUCGCCAUUCACGGCGGCCAGGAGCCUGAUCCCGUCAAUGGAUCCCGAGCUGUGCCACUAUACCAGACUGCAGCUUACAACUUUUCGGACGCCGCUGACGGCGCAAGCAAGUUUGCCUGGAGCAAGGAUGGCUAUGUCUACACCCGAAUGGGCAACCCGACCAACAGCGUUUUUGAGACACGUAUGGCCAUGCUUGAGGGAGGUGUCGGUGCUGUUGCCACAGCAUCUGGUCAUGCGGCCCAGUUCAUGGCCAUCACCCAAUGUUGCGAGCCAGGACAGAACUUUGUCAGCACCAGCUGGCUCUACGGUGGCACCUAUAACCAGUUCCGAGUUUACAUGAAGAAGUUCAGGAUCGAUGUCAAAUGGGUCGUGGGGAACGAACCCGCAGACAUUGACGCAGCCAUCGACAAGGACACACGAUGCAUCUAUAUCGAGACCAUCAGCAACCCGAAGCACAGCGUCCCAGAUAUCAAGGCCAUUGCCGAGGUUGCCCACAAACACGGCAUUCCGCUCAUCGUCGACAACACCUUCGGCAUGGGUGGCUAUCUCUGCCAACCCAUCAGGCAGGGGGCAGACAUCGUCACACACUCUUGCACCAAGUGGAUUGGUGGCCAUGGCACGUCAAUGGGCGGUAUUGUGAUUGACGGAGGCCACUUUGACUGGAGCGCAUCUGGUAAAUUUCCAGGCUUCACUGAGCCAGCUGACGGUUACCAUGGGAUGCGGUUCUGGGAAACCUAUGGCCACAAGGCGCUGUCUGCAAAACUCCGUAUGGACAGCAUGCGAGAUCUUGGCCCUUGCAUGAGCCCCUUCAACGCCUGGCUAUUCCUGCAGGGUCUUGAGACACUGCCACUCCGCGCCCAGAGGCACGCUGAAAACACGCAAAAGUUGGCCGAGUGGCUUGAAGCACACCCGAAUGUGAACUGGGUGCUCUACCCAGGUCUCAAAUCCCACCCUGACUACGAGUAUACCUCCAAUAUCUUUACUCGUGGCGCAGGUGGUGUCUUGACCUUUGGUGUUGCUGGAACCAUCGAUGAAGUACGAGCUGUUGUCGACAACUUGAAGCUCUGUUCGCAUCUAGCCAACGUCGGAGAUGCCAAGACGCUCAUCAUCCACCCUUGGGUCACGACGCAUCAACAGCUCCCUGACGAGGAGAAGAUCAAGGGAGGAGUCACUCCGGACCUCAUCCGUGUGUCUGUAGGGAUUGAGGACUUUGAAGACAUCAGAAAGGACUUUGAGCAGGCAUUUGAGGCAGCUGGUGCACUGAAGUUGGUUGCUGGUGGCUUCAUGGGUAAGAAGGCAACUGGUGCACCACGUCCUGGAACUGAUGGCACUAUUUCUGUCAAUGGCCAGUAA